UCAUUAUUCUAUUAAUCUGUAAAAUUCUUUAAUUUAUACAUUUUUAUAUUUUAAAUUAUUGAUUUAAUGAGUGAUAUUGAAGAGGAUUUAAACUCAUCUUCAAUUAAAGAAGAAAGCAAUUAAUAUUAUGAGGAUUUACAGUCUUCCUCAAGCUAAAUUUAAGAAAAUAAUGGUAAUAAAAUAGCUGAUAAAAAGCAGGAAGAUUUAGAUGAAAAGCAAUCAAAAUCCUCAUAAUUGCAAUAAUCCUUAUAAGAUGAAGAUAAUAGUUAAUAUGAGCAAGAUUUUGAAGAUGAAAAUGGUUAUGAUGAAAUAGAUAAAUUGAAAAAGGAUAAAUAAAAAUAAAUAGAGCAAUUAAAACCAACAUAAUCUUAAAUAAAACAACUAAGUUAAUCUAAAUUAUCUGAUUAAUAGGAGUAGGAAAAUCAACCUUAGAGGUUACAAGAAUCUUUUAAAAGUAGCAUUAAUGAGGAGCAGCUAAAAAAAUAGCAGCUUAGCUUUAUUGGAAAUUUAAAUAGAUAUGUAAAUGAAUAAUAAAAUGAAAGUAAAUCUUUAAGUAAAACUUAAGAUUCACUAGCACACACAGAUCCUCAAACAAAUUAGAAAAAAAUAAAAAAUGAAAAGUCAAAACCUCCAAUUCCUACAAAAUAAAAUUUCAUCAAAGAUUAUAUUGAAGAGAAUCCAAAAAUUAAAAAUGAUAUUGAAUAAGUACCAAACGAUGAGGAGAUAGAAGAAAUAAUAAGAAAAAAUUAGCAAGAUUUCUUAUAAAUGAUAAAAAAAAACUCUUAGAAAAAUUCCCCUGUCAAACAGAAGGAAGAAGUUUCAGAAUAUGGUUCAGAGAAUUAAUAUUAUGAUGAAGAAGAAGAAGAUUUGCAAGUCAUUUAUGAAACAGAUAGAGAAGAUAGUUAAGCAGGAAAAAGUUCUUAAAAUGAAUCAUUUGAUAACCAUUAUUAUUCAAAGAGUUAUGGGAGUUCAGUAUAUUAGUAAUAUUCAGCUCUUCAUGCUAGUUAAUAAGAAGAAGAUAACUAAUAUUAUGAGGAAUCAUAAAUGAAAUAAAAAGAGAUAAUAAAAAACAGAAAGCAGACCUAAAAUGAAUACGAAAGAAUUAUUAAUCAAAAGAAAAUAGAGCUACAGCAACUCUAAGAAAUAUAAAAAUUAAAGUAAUAGUUGAAUGUUAAUAUAGACAUAGAUGAAGAGUAAAUGCUUAAAAUAGCAAAAAAAGCCAAACAAAAAGAAAAGGAAAUUGAAGAAAUUAAAAUUUUAUAGGAUAGAAUGAGGUAUGGAUGUAAAAAGUGUGCAGAGUCAAAUACCUAGAAAGAUAGAGAGGCCUAUCGUGAAGAAAAUGAGCAUUUAAGGAAGGUUAUUAAUGAAUAAGAAGCCCAAAUAAAACUUCUCAAAGUUUAACUCAGAAAAUCCGGAGAUAAGAAUUUAGAUAAUUCUUAUUCUUCAAUAGGAAGCAUUUCAACAAGUUUUUAGAGAAAAAUGGAGGAAUUGGAAUAUGAUAAAGAGAAAUUAAAAGAAGAAAAUUCAUAGCUUAGAAAUUAACUGAAGCAUAUAAAAAAAUCAGCUCAAAAUUAGAUUAGUAGGUAAUAAAGGCUGAAUAAUGAAAUUUAGAAAGUUAUGGGUUCAGAUAUAAGGAAGCUUUAAGAAAAAGAAAAUAAAAAACCUUAGGAUCCAAAUUUAGAAAAAUAACAUAAAGUAUUGACCGAAAGAUUAGCAGAACUUAGGAUAGACUUAGAAAAAAUGAUUAAGAAAUAUGAGGAUUAAAAAUAAAAAAUCAAAGAAAAGGAUGAAUAAAUAAUAACCUUAAAGCAGAAAGUGCAAGGUCGCCACUUUUAAAAAUAAAUUGAAAAGAUAAAUGAACUUUAAGCUGUUGUUGAUAAUUUCGAAAAAGAUAAAGAUUAAAUACGUGAGGAAAUGCAGCUUGAUAAGUAGCUUUAAUUGCUUUUUCCUAAAUAAAUGGUUUUAAUUUGCAAUUUCUUUAAUAUUUGUGUUGCAGUCGAAGAAAUGAAAAGAGGGAGAUAUUCAAGGAUAGCUAAUAUAAUUUUUAGCAAAGCGAAGCCAUUUAUAAGCUAUUUUAAGAACAUUUUCUACUCUAUAAAAGAUACUAUUAAGUUUAAGAUCUCAAAAAACCCAAUAGAUCAUCCUAAAUAAUAAGAAAUAAUAAGAGCAACUAUUAAGGCAUGGAAUGAAUCACCAGAAAUAGUUGCCAGACAAAUGAAAUCACAAUAAAAAGAAUUAAAAGAAUUAAGACUUAAUUAUAUAGAGGUAUUUAACGAGGUUGAGAGUCUUAGAUAAAGAAAUGAGCUUUUAGAAAAAGAUGUUGAAAUUCUAAGACAAAGAAACAAUGUUGUAGAAACUAGGUUAACUGUAGAUAAAAAUAAGUUAGUAAAUAAUGUGAUAAUUUAGUUAAAGCAUCAUGCAAUAGAAGAUGAAGAGCAAGAUUAUCUGUUAGAACUGAAAAAAAUAAUUAACACAAUUAAGGAGGGUCCUCCAAUCCUAAUUUCUUAAGCUGAAAGAGAUGCUUUCAAAAAAUAGUAAGAACUUGAAGCUGAAAAAGAAAGAAAAAAAAGAGAAAGAGAAGAAAGAAAAAAGUAAAUGGAGCUUAAAAAACAAUAAAAAUUAGAAGAAAAAAGGUAACGAGAAGAAAAAGAAAAAGAAGAAUAGCUUUUACUUUAGAAACAAAAAAUCAACAGACCUUUUUCUGCAUUAAAAUAAAAAUAAAAUGUAACCCCUGUAUAAAAUAAAGAACCUCGUCCUAAUUCUGCAAAAGUCAAUGCUAAAAAAGAAACAACUUAAAGCAUCACUUCUAUAUAACUCCUUCCUUCUCAUCAAAGAUUGAAAGAAGAAAAUAAAAUAAAUAGCAACUAGUAAGAUUCUCUCAAUAAAACAAAAGAUAGCAAGAAUUUCAGGGUUAGUACAUUAACUAGUAAAUCCAAGUAAAGUCUAACAGCAACUAAUAACUAAUGA